AACAGUGGUCCGUACAAGCUGCUGGUGAUCACAGCGCUUUGACCCACGGCAGCUGCGGGGUCUUUUAAAUGGGUGGUUGAAAUCACGCUAUCGUUGUUAGCCGAGGCAUAGCUAGCAGACUUGCUAAUUUGGCUAACUAGCCGGAAAGCCCGGUCAAGUAAGCGUGUGGGUAUAAGUUAAUAAAUUGAACUAGCUGCGUUUUAGGGUUUUAGACCCGUUUAUCUAGUGUUAAUGUCUAACAGAGGCCACCAUUACGUUAUCUUGCGUCAACUUAAGCUAAUCGUGUCACUUGAAGGACCCCGGUAACAAUGUGCUAUCGAUAUUACUUGAAGCACCCCUGCAGACCACAGGAUGGACUCCAGUGGGAAACCCUCGACUGCACAGAUCGUGGUUCUAGCCACCAGCUCAGCCCUGACUGCUCUCUUCUACACCGUGUACAGGAGCAGAGCUACCACAGUGGCCAGAUUAAAGGAAGCCAAGAAAGUGUCCAUUGACCAGGAUUUGAAAAACAUCCUGUCGGAAACCCCUGGAAGAUGCAUCCCAUAUGCUGUCAUAGAAGGUGUAGUGAGGAAUGUGAAGGAAACUCUGAGCAGUCAGUUUGUUGAGAACUGCAAAGGCGUCAUUGAAAGACUGACACUGAAGGAGGAAAAGAUGGUGUGGAAUCGCACCACUCACCUAUGGAACAGCACAGAGAAAGUCAUCCACCAGCGCACCAACACCGUUCCCUUUGCCCUCUGUUCUCAUGAUGAAGACAUCACUGCCACAGUCCGGGUUAUACGUCCAUUAGACGCUGCAGAGUUGGACCUGGAGACCACCUACGAGAACUUCCACCCCACAGUCCAGUCCCUGUCCAGUGUUAUUGGCCACUUCAUCAGCGGGGAGCGCCCCAAGGGCAUCCACGAAACCGAGGAGAUGCUGCGGCUGGGGGACAGCGUCACAGGGGUGGGAGAGCUGGUCCUGGAUAACAACUUGAUCAAGCUCCAACCUCCCAAGCAGGGCUUCCAUUAUUUCCUCACCCGGCUGGACUACGAGUCUCUCCUGAAGAAGCAGGGGAACAGCGUCAGGCUGUGGCGGAUUCUGUCAAUUGUCUUCGGCAUCGCCGCCUGUUCCACGCUCAUCUUCAUCCUGUGGAAGCGAUACAAGCAGUGCCGACAGAGCAAGAAGGAGAGGAGCAUGCUCGAGGAGUUCAAGGAGCAGCAGAAGAAGCGUCUGCGUGAACUUAACAUAGAGGAAAGCAGCGUGUUGCCCACCAGCUGCACCGUCUGUCUGAGCCGGGAGCGCUCCUGUGUGUUUCUAGAGUGUGGUCAUGUGUGUGCCUGUGCUCAGUGCUAUGACGCCCUGCCAGAGCCAAAGAAAUGCCCCAUCUGCAGGGCGACUAUAAACAGGGUGGUGCCUCUUUACAACAGCUAAUGUGGGCAUUCAGAAACUGUCGUCUCCGGCUUGAAAAGGCUUAUAUCUGUACUAUUUGUUGCUCUUUUGUUUUUUCUGCCUUUCCUCAUCCUGUGAGAUGAAUAACAGGUGUCUCUGUGCUGAAUCAUUGUGCAAUCACAUUUCCCCCCAAAUGUUCAAAUCAAAUUUGGAGACUGUAAUUCAUCUUGAUAGUGAAAAUGGAAUCCCCUCUUUCAUCUUGAUAAAGAGAAUUAAAUUCCUUCCUUCAUCUUGA